AUGAAGGUGGACGUGGAUGCCAGGGAAGCCGCCGCCUGCAGUGCUACUCCGAUUCCUAGUAAUACAGAGUCGCCUGUCUCAUUCCUUGACGAUUGCGGUGUAACCACCUCAGAUUCGAUCCCGACGCCCGAGCGGGCAUUGCUCGCCAAACUGGAGGAAGAGAACAGAAGAAUCGAGGCGGACGCAAAGUGCCCCUCGUUAACCACUGUGCACAGUCGAAAGAACUCCGACACCUCACAGAUUUCGUUGGCUUCAGCCACCAGCUCGAGCCAUGACGAAGCAAGGGUUGGGAGUAACGGUGAAGAAGACUUAUGGAGUCUUUGGGGCAGGCUAGUCAGCAACUGGGAAACAGAAUGGCGUAGACGCAAUCAAUUUGUACGAGAUUUAGUUAGACAAGGUGUGCCCCAUCACUUUAGGGGCAUAGUGUGGCAACUACUCGCGGGUGUUGACGCUUCGCCUGAUAAAAAACUAUACGCAUCAUAUAUUAAGGCCAAAUCUGCAUGCGAAAAAGUAAUACGACGUGACAUCGCUCGAACGUACCCGGAACAUGAUUUCUUCAAAGAGAAAGAUGGUCUAGGACAGGAGUCACUAUUCAACGUGAUGAAGGCGUAUUCUCUCCACGAUAGGGAAGUUGGCUAUUGUCAAGGCUCUGGGUUUAUUGUCGGCUUGCUAUUGAUGCAGAUGCCAGAGGAAGAAGCAUUCGCAGUUUUGUUAAAGAUAAUGCAGCACCACCGCAUGCGGGACAUGUUCAAACCUAGUAUGGCGGAGUUGGGACUGUGUAUGUUCCAAUUAGAAAAUCUCGUACAGGAGCUAUUACCGGAUUUACAUGUACAUUUUCAAUCACAGAGUUUCAGCACAUCGAUAUACGCCAGCAGUUGGUUUCUUACACUCUUCACGACCACACUCUCGCUGCCACUUGCAUGUCGUAUCAUGGAUGUAUUUCUAUCGGAGGGGAUCGAGAUUGUGUUUAAAGUUGCUCUAGCUCUACUGACUUUAGGCAAAAACGACCUUUUAUCACUCGAUAUGGAAAGCAUUUUAAAGUACAUUCAGAAGGAGUUGCCCGCGAAGGCUGAAGCAGAUCAAGACGCGUUUAUGAAUCUUGCUUACACAAUAAAAGUGAAUCCAAAGAAAAUGAAGAAACUAGAAAAGGAAUAUACAGUUAUUAAAACUAAAGAGCAAGGAGAUAUCGCCGUUCUUAGAUGCCUUCGUCAAGAGAACCGUCUUCUCAAGCAAAGAGUGGAACUGCUAGAAAAGGAAAGUUCAGCGUUAGCAGAACGUCUGGUCAAGGGUCAAGUAGACAGGGCAGAGGGUGAGGAGGAAACCUUCGCCCUUGCAAGGGAGGUCCAAGCCCUCAGACGAGCCAAUAUGGACGCCCAGCAACGAUUAGCAGUAGCUCAAGAUGAAAUUAGAAGCUUAGAAAUGACCAUAGCUGAGAACAACUCCCGACAGUCGUCACUAGAGGGUAUAGAAAGUAAUAACGCAAAAGGCGAAGAACUUGCCCGAUGCCUUCAAAGAGAAUUAGUAAGGGCAAGACUAGACGCUGCCGAAAGACAGGCAACUGAAAGAGAAUUGAAUGCAAGAAUUGCUGAAUUGGAAAAUGAAAAUAAAAUAUUGAGGAAGCAACGCGUUGAUAAUAAUGUAGCUCACUUGCAGGACGAGUUGAUAGCAGUUAAAUUGCGCGAAGCAGAAGCAAAUCUUUCCUUAAAGGAUCUCAGACAACGUGUCACUGAACUAUCAGAAGCGUGGCAAAAACAUCUGCAGGAACACAGACAAGAAACGCCACCGCCACCAGCGCAGUCCAACGUAGUUUCAGAUAUAAUGGCGACGCCUAAGAAGUUACUCCGCGCGUGGGAAGGAAGGUCGACAGAUAUGCAGAAGUUGGAGGAAGAACUCAUGACCAUCAGAAUUAAGGAGGCCGAAGCGGCCACUGAGUUGAAGGAGCUUAGGCUUAAGGAAAUGGAGCUACGCACGCAAGUGCAAGUGUCGACUAAUCAACUACGACGUCAGGAUGAGGAACUACGUGAAUUAAGAGAGUCGUUAGAUGCCGCACUACAGCGUGAACGAGCCCUGCAAACACGCCAGCGUGAAUUUCAACACAAAUACGCUGACUUGGAAAGCAAGGCCAAAUACGAAUCAAUGCAGGCAAACAUUAAGAACAUGGAAGUAGCCCAGAGGAUAGCUGAAUUAGAAACAGAAGUGUCAGAAUAUAAAUUAAAAAACGAAGUAAUGGCGACGGAGGGUGAGCUUAGAAGCAAUAAUAUGGACGAUUCUGAUCGAGUCCGUGAAUUGCAAGAACAAGUUGCAGAACUAAAGGCCGAGGUCUUGAGAUUAGAGGCGUGGAAGGCACGGGUCCUGGGCCAUACCCUCAGCAGGACCGUUUCAGUCGAAGAGGAUCUCGAAGAAGACGACAAACUAAAACUAAUCCUUCGUAGAGAAUCAUCGGCAUCGCUAGACCUAAGUAAAAAGACG